AUGUCGACCAUUAUGAGGACACUGCGCAAUUUGCGCCGAGUUGGUCUGAAGGAUGCCGGCCACCAGAUGCACUACAUCGGUGAUACCAAGGCCGGAACCCUGAUCGGAGUCGACCGCUUCGGCAACAAGUACUUCGAGAACAUGGAGGAGGAGCUUCCCCUUCGUACACGAUGGGUCGACUACAAGGAGCACGAAUAUGAUGCCUCCCACAUUGAGCCUGGCUGGCACGCUUGGAUUUCGUACAUGGUCGAUGCCCCUCCCACCGUCGACAAGUUCCUGCAGGGCGGCCACCGCACCUGGGAGCUCCCUGACCACCGUGCCAACCCAACUCUGAGCCGGGCUGCUUUCAAGACCUACUCGACCACCCGCCCCAAGUACUCCGCCUGGACCCCCGUUGCUGCUGCGCGGUAA